CUACAACAUUGAAUAGAUACACUUGAGCACACUUGAGCAAACUGGCAAACUCUGAGUUUAAGGGAGGUGUACACUAUACAAGCCUUGCAUGGUGGAGUUGGACAGAGAUGGGGAAUUUUGCAUAAAAGUUUUGCACAGUGGACAUUGUAUUUAAUACAUGCCCAUCUCUUUCUCUCUUCGUGGUCACCUGGUGGAAGAAUGGUGCUUUAAAAUUACAAUCUUCAAGCAUAUUGUUAUUAUGCGUAUAUUGUUAUUAUUCGAUUCAUUCAAUUGAUCAAUUCAAUUGCUACAGCUGACUUGCUAAAUAAAUCUUAUAAAUUAAAAUAUAUAUAUAAAUUAUGACUGCGGUUAAUAAUGAUGAUAUAUGGGAGGAUUUUUUAGGAAUUUCAUUAGAUCCUCCAAAAAUGAGAGACAAGUGUUCUCAAUGCAAAAGACCAAUUGACGUUUGUUGGUGUCCAGGUUUACCAGAUCCACGACUUCAUGUAGAAUCAAAAGUAAUAAUUCUUCAGCAUCCUGCAGAAGUUAAAAGAGCUCUUAGAACAGCACCAAUGUUAUCACUUGGUCUUGAAUCAGAUAAGUGUCUUAUUUUUAGAGGAAAAAAAUUUCCUAAAAUUCAUCAGAAGGGUCUAUAUGAUAUUUUGAAUGAUGAAAAUACAAUAUUACUUUAUCCAUCACCUAAUGCCAUUAACAUUCACAAUUUAAGAAAAGUUGGAGUUGAUGGACAGAAACCAUACAAUUUAGUCUUGCUUGAUGGAACUUGGCCUCAAGCUAAGACAAUGUAUCAUGCUAGUCCAACACUUGGUACUCUUAAAACGUGUAAAUUAGUCGAUGUUCCUAUAAGUGAAUAUGUCAUCAGAACUCAACCUACUGAUGGAUGUCUAUCAACAUUAGAAAGUGGUGCAUUAUCACUUUCAAUUUUAGAAGGAAAAGAUUGUCUCAAAGAUGCAUUAUUGGGUCCAUUACAUUAUCUCUGCAAAUUUCAACUUGAACGUGGCGCAAUUACUCAUCACAGUAAAGAGCUUUUAAUAAAACAAAAAACUUAUCCAAAAUUAGUUGGUAAAAGAUUAUCAAGACAAUUAAAAAUUAAUUCAGAUAAUUCUUCUGAUGUGUAGAUUUUUUAAGUGCUAUUUUAAU